AGAAUUUGCUUGCAUCCGUCCUGCCCGCCUCGUCCGUCCUCCCUCUCUUGUACUGCCCCCGAGCCUUCGUGCCCGUUUCACCUCGCACUUGCGCUGCUUGCUGCCAUUGCCAUUCCAGGGGAGGAGGGGGGGGGGUCCGAAGGGGACGGGUGGGAGAGGAGGCGCUGUUUCGCGUGGGACGAGUGCUUCGUGUAGGCCGCACGAGUUCCCGUGGGCGACGGCGACGCGCUCGGCGGGCAGAGAAAAUCUAGGGUGGCUUGGGUUUGCGUCACGCACCUUUGUGGGAGACGGCUACUUGCUCUUGCCGCCAAUGGCCGAGAUCUGCUGCGAGGAAACCAAGUCCACGCCGGCGACCGCCGCGGCCGCAGCUGCAGUCUCCGCCACGGUCGCCGCCACCGUGAACGUGGCCUCCUCAGCGUUGGAGAGGAGGCGUCGCAGGCUGGAGAUGAGGCGAUUCCGCAUCGCGAGUGAUCUCGAGCCGCCGGUCGCGGAGGACGUCCGCACGGGCAAGCGGCAGAGGUUGGCGCGCACGGCGUCCGGGUCGUGCCCCGACGCUGGCUCGGACUCUGAGCGGCCGGCCCUGCCGGAGCGGUUGCCGAGGUACGGGGUCACUUCCGUGUGCGGCCUCCGACGCGAGAUGGAGGACGCCGUCUCCAUCAGGCCGGAUUUCUUGCCCGGCGCCAGCAAGAACCACUUCUUCGGCGUCUUCGACGGCCACGGGUGCUCCCACGUUGCGAAGACGUGCCAGGACAGGAUGCAUGAGGUGGUCGCCGACGAGCAUAAGAAGGUGGGCUGCGGCGAAGAGUCGGCAUGGAAGGGUGUGAUGGAGAGGAGCUUCGCGCGAUUGGACGAGCAGACUGCCAACUGGGCGACCAGCCGCAGCCGCGACGAGCCCGCCUGCAGGUGCGAGCAGCAGAUGCCCUCGCGGUGCGACCACGUGGGGUCCACCGCCGUUGUCGCCGUCGUCAGCCCUACCCACGUCGUCGUCGCCAACGCCGGCGACUCCCGCGCCGUCCUCUCCCGCGCUGGCGUCCCGGUCCCGCUAUCCGUCGACCACAAGCCUGACCGGCCUGACGAGCUGGCGCGCAUCGAGGCGGCGGGCGGCCGCGUCAUCUACUGGGACGGCGCCCGUGUUCUCGGCGUCCUCGCCAUGUCGCGAGCCAUAGGUGAUGGUUACCUUAAGCCGUAUGUGUCGUCGGAGCCGGAGGUGACGGUGACGGAGCGCACCAACGAUGACGAGUGCCUGAUCCUGGCCAGUGACGGCCUGUGGGACGUCGUGACCAACGAGAUGGCGUGCGACGUCGUCCGGGCGUGCUUCCGCAGCAACGGUCCGCCGGUGCCGGCCGCUGGGCCGAAAGGCGUGCUCCCCUCGUCCGACGCGGAGGCCGACAACGGAUCCGCGGCGGUGAAGGGCGUCAGUAUGGCGGAGUCCGACAAGGUGUGCUCCGACGCGGCCAUGCUGCUGGCGAAGCUGGCACUGGCCCGGCGCAGCGCCGACAAUGUCAGCGUGGUCGUCGUGGAUCUCCGCCGGGUGACAUGAUUCUUGGAGCAAAAUCGUAUGCUCCAGGCUUGUUCUCUUUAACCUUUUUAAAAUCUAAGCUAAUUUCUCCCCUCAGUUUUAUCACCCUUUAUUUUUUAUUUAUAGCUUUGAUAGUUUCUAAUCAGAUGAAUAUAAUAGUAUCCUUUUCUUCUCUCAAAAGAGGAAUGAAAAGUCAGUCGGACAAAGAAACGGAACAACAAAAUGUUCAUCUUUGCAUACUGAUAGUAUGUAUUACUGUCACUGGGGAAACCAAUCGAUAAGCACCUUUUUCCCCGUAGAUUAACAUGCCAAACGUGUUUAUUCGAUU